AUGAUUGUUAACAAAAGAUCCAAUUAUGGUAAUCAGUUAGAUGUAGAAUUUAAGAGUAUCUUGAGAGAUAUCAAGCCGUAUAUAAUCAGCGUAAAUUCAGCAUACCAUCUGAAUCAGUACAGACUUUGGUUGGAGGUUUUGAGUAAUCGACACAUUACCAACAAAGAGAAAAGGAAUAUUUUUUUGAGGGAACUGGCAGGGCAGAUCAAACGCCGGAUUAUUUUAAGUCCUUUUACUGAAGUUCCUGACCCUUAUUUUUUCAGCGACCUCGAGGCAGUCUACUUUGAUGAAGAGGACUAUCUGUGCGUGCCAGACUUCAAGCUAAUCUACCCAAACAUGGAUUUGGAAGUGAAAAACUACGAGCUUCCGAAAAAUCCCGACAUGAAAAGCGAAAAGUACAAAUCCCUGCCGCGUAAUAUUUUUUCCCAAAAAGGCGUAACGAACGAAGAUAAAAGCGAGGAUAAAAAGAAGAAGAAAAGGCGAAGACACAACAGUUGCAAACCGUCCACUGGCAGAACCGAAAAACUCGAGGUUGAACGGCGAAAUUCAACGACGACGUUUGAAUGUGUGACGGGGAACCCUAACUACUUAAAAUUGAUGGAAAAUGUCAGGAAUAUAAACUUUUUGGACUUGAGGAAACUCGAGAGUAGUUCGUGGUUUGACCUUUCCUGUUCUAAUUCUACAAAAAGUUCGCUGGAACCGGCCAAAGAGAGUCCCAAGUAUAUCGAUGAGGAUACCAAUACUGAAUAUCAUGCCCCUGAAACUUCGACUUUUACUCCGAAAUGCGAUGAAUUGGAUAGAAUUUCUUUAAAAGCGAGUUUUAAAGACACCAACGUCAUUGUGACAGAUCUGAAGAAAACAAUUGAAGGCUUGCAACUGCGACUAACAGAAACGAUAAAACAAAACAACGAUCUGAAAAACGAAAUAAAACAUUUUGAGAUAAAGGAUGACAUAGAUCCAAAGUUCAAAUCUUCAAAUGAAGAUUUUGGACGCUUGCAAGAAACUUUCACCGAUAAACUUGACCAGGUGGAGCAAAAUUUUGUAAAACAAUUGGAGGAUUUACAAAAAACUUACGAAGCAAAAAUCGAAUGCAUCCAAGUCGAUAAAGAAAUAUCUAUCAAGGAAAAAGAUAAUGAAAUCAUUGCUCUAAAAGCCGCCAUAGAAACUGAAUGCGCUAGAAUGAACAACGAGAUAACAUCUUUAAGAGCGAAGUUUUCAGAAAGCGUGAAUUUGUGCUGUAACAACAAAAUUGAUUUUCUUCAGAGAUGCAUUAAAAAAAUGGAUAAUCUGUUUCAUAGGUCGGAAAAAGAGUACAUAAACCAAGUGAAACGACUCAAACGUCAAUUGGAUAACAAGGAAAAAUCAAUGCUUAUGUUUUUGAAAUCUCAAAAAGUAGGAGUGAUGUCAAAAGCUUCAGCCGACACGCAGGAGCAUUUCGAUGUUAUGGUGAACUAUUUGGAGAGCAAAUACGCCAAAAUGUUCGAAAUUCAGGCCCACACGUAUACGGAAAACCUCACUAAGCAGGACAGAUACAUAGAUUAUUUGAAAAAAAUGUUGAAGAAAAACGCCAUUUAUUUCGAAGACCACAGCGACUGA